CACAACAUUCGUUCAUUCAUUAACUACAAACCACAACACCUGCUCCCCCAAAUUCUCACCCUUUUCUUUAACCCAUGGCCUCCCUCCUUAUUAGCUUCACCACUUUCCUCAUUCUCUCUCUCUCCUUCCAUUCCUCUCUCGGAGGAGGGAUAGAGUGCGAGAAGCUGGACCGAGAUAGGUGUUCCUAUGCGGUGUCGUCCACGGGGAAACGGUGCGUGCUGGAGAAGCAGGUCAAGAGGAGCGGCAAGCAGGUGUACACGUGUCGCACAUCGGAGAUCGAAGCCGAGAAAGUGAAGGACCACGUGGAGAGCGACGAGUGCAUCAAGUCAUGUGGCCUCGAUCGAAAUACCCUCGGCAUCUCCUCCGACGCUCUCCUCGACUCUCGCUUCACCCGCAACCUCUGCUCCCCUCCCUGCUACCACAACUGCCCCAACGUCGUCGACCUCUACUUCAAUCUCGCCGCCGGCGAAGGAGUGUUUCUUCCCAAGCUGUGUGAAGUGCAAGGGGCGAACGCUCGCCGAGCAAUGGCUGAACUGAGAAGCUCUGGAAUUGUGGCGCCCGGACCUGUCAACUCCGUCAAGUUCGCCGCCGCGGCUGAAACUCCUGAACUCCAACCUCUCAACUCUCUUCGCUUCACUGCCGACCAACCCGUGGCUUCCCCACCAUGCGACCAUUAAUUAUAUAUCUGUGUAUGUGUGAGCGUGUUUGUAGUUUAAAUGUUACGCCCCAAACAAUAUAUUAUGUACUAGUUUGGGCGCUUAGUAAGUAGUUUUCUUGGUUUGUGUUGUAAUAUUACAAGUCAUAUGCCAGCAACAGCUUCGUUCAUAAGGAGCUUUCCAAUGUGACAUGAUUCGUAUAUUUUGUUGUGCGUAGUCGUACAAUCCAUGUUCUGGCAUAAUGGUCCUUCUUCUAAAUUAAGAAGCGACAAAUAAUGCUACUGUAAUUGACUCGGAUGCCCAUCCCGGAAAAUGAAAAUGAAUUCAUUCGAAAA